UUUGUCGCUCACUCAUAUCUUCCAGUUAACACACACACACACACACAAACAAAGCACAGCAUAUAUAUAUUUGUAAGCCGAAUCUUAUCACUAGGCCAUGGCGGAUGUACAAAUGGCGGGUGAAACUGAGACGUUUGCUUUCCAGGCGGAGAUUAAUCAGCUCUUGAGUCUUAUCAUCAACACUUUCUAUAGUAACAAGGAAAUCUUCCUACGUGAGCUCAUCAGCAACGCUUCUGACGCUCUGGAUAAGAUCAGAUUCGAGAGCUUAACGGACAAGAGCAAGUUGGAAUCGCAGCCGGAGCUCUUCAUUAGGAUUGUGCCUGAUAAAGUUAAUAGGACUCUGUCCAUUAUCGAUAGUGGCGUCGGCAUGACCAAAUCAGAUAUGGUAAACAAUUUGGGAACAAUUGCAAGGUCUGGGACAAAGGAGUUUAUGGAGGCAUUGCAGGCUGGAGCUGAUGUUAGCAUGAUUGGGCAGUUUGGUGUGGGUUUCUACUCUUCCUACCUCGUUGCUGAGAAGGUUGUUGUGACGACCAAGCACAAUGAUGAUGAACAAUAUGUCUGGGAAUCUCAAGCAGGUGGAUCCUUCACUGUGACAAGGGAUGUCAGCGGAGAACCACUGGGCAGGGGCACUAAAGUCACCCUCUACCUCAAGGAGGAUCAGCUGGAAUACUUGGAAGAGAGGAGGAUUAAGGACCUUGUGAAGAAGCAUUCGGAAUUCAUUAGCUACCCAAUUUAUCUCUUGGUUGAGAAGACAACUGAGAAAGAGAUCAGUGAUGAUGAAGAUGAGGAAACCAAGAAGGACGAGGAAGGAGAAGUUGAAGAAGUAGAUGAGGAGAAAGACAAGGAUAAAAAGAAAAAGAAGAAGAUAAAGGAGGUGACAAAUGAAUGGCAGCAAAUUAACAAGCAGAAACCUCUCUGGCUUCGGAAGCCUGAAGAGGUUACCAAGGAGGAGUAUGCUGCCUUCUACAAGAGCCUAACAAAUGAUUGGGAGGAUCAUCUUGCUGUGAAACACUUCUCUGUUGAAGGACAGCUGGAGUUCAAAGCUAUUCUGUUUGUUCCAAAGAGGGUACCCUUUGAUCUCUUUGAUACACGGAAGAAGUUGAACAACAUCAAGCUCUAUGUCAGGAGGGUGUUCAUCAUGGAUAAUUGUGAGGAGCUCAUUCCUGAAUACCUUGGAUUCGUUAAAGGCGUGGUGGAUUCGGAUGAUCUCCCACUAAAUAUAUCUCGUGAGACGCUCCAACAGAACAAAAUCCUGAAGGUCAUCAGGAAGAAUAUUGUCAAGAAGUGCAUUGAGAUGUUCUUUGAAAUUGCAGAGAACAAAGAGGAUUAUGCUAAGUUCUAUGACGCCUUUUCCAAAAAUUUCAAAUUGGGUAUUCAUGAAGACAGCCAAAACAGGGCAAAGCUUGCUGAUCUUCUCAGGUAUUACUCCACAAAGAGUGGGGAUGAGUUGACCAGCUUGAAGGACUAUGUCACAAGGAUGAAGGAAGGGCAGCAGGACAUAUAUUAUAUAACCGGCGAGAGCAAGAAGGCUGUUGAGAACUCUCCAUUCUUGGAAAAGCUUAAAAAGAAAGGAUACGAGGUGCUUUUCAUGGUUGAUGCCAUUGACGAAUAUGCUGUUGCACAGUUGAAAGAGUAUGAUGGUAAAAAACUUGUUUCUGCAACAAAGGAAGGUUUAAAGCUCGAUGAGUCUGAGGAAGAGAAAGCAGCAAGGGAGGAGAAGAAAAAGUUAUUUGAGAAUCUUUGCAAAGUAAUGAAGGAUAUUCUUGGAGAGAGAAUUGAGAAAGUGGUGGUUUCUGACAGGGUUGUUGAUUCUCCUUGCUGCUUGGUCACUGGGGAAUAUGGCUGGACAGCAAACAUGGAGAGGAUUAUGAAGGCUCAAGCAUUAAGGGACACCAGCAUGAGCGCUUACAUGUCAAGCAAGAAAACAAUGGAGAUCAACCCUGACAAUGGAAUCAUUAAGGAGCUUAGGAAGAGAGCCGAGGAAGAUAAGAAUGACAAAUCAGUUAGAGACUUGGUGCUGCUUCUUUAUGAGACUGCUUUGUUGACGUCUGGUUUCAGCCUUGAUGAUCCAAACCAAUUUGGUUCAAGGAUCCAUAGGAUGUUGAAAUUGGGGCUUAGCAUCGAGGAAAAUGAGACCGAUGAUGACGCUGACAUGCCUGAAUUGGAGGAGGAAACCAAUGAGGAGAGUAAAAUGGAGGAAGUUGACUGAAAGAGAGUUGUUUGCGGAUGUUAGUAGAUGGUGGAGUUCAUGCAACAGUGGCUUUUCUGGUAGAGUUGUUCUUUUCUUAAAGCCCUCCUGUAGUUUCUUUAGUAGCAUUAUGGUUACUCUACUAGCUCUGUGCUUUAAGUUGUCCUCUGUUCUUGCUGGCUGAUGCUAUAUUUCUGAAUGAUUACCCAUUGUAAUAUAUAAUAUAAUAUAAAUGCAUGUUGUGGGUUUGUGUUGAA